GAUAAUAUUCUGUACUUACCGAUUAUCGUGCGAUUGAUGAGCCAACCUGUGCACGGCGUAUCCCGUAUUAUCGCGAAAUGACGAACGGUUGGGAACAGUGUUUAACGUACUUCGUAGUUGUAUAGUAGCGGUUUUAAAAUGCUCGCACGCGUAACAAGAUGAAUGAGAGACAAUACUGAUUUCGUAAUACGAAUAUUCCAAAUUGACGUCGUCACGGUGUUCUCCUAAUAAAUUACCUUCCGUCGCGCGUGCAAUUUCGUCAUCGAUGUACCCGUCGGACGAUUGCGUGAGGAGAUCGUGAGAUUUGGCGCCAACCUAACCUCAUUUCGAGCCGCGAGAACGGUUUUUAAAUGCAACUCCCAACACGUGAGGUAUUUCGGUAGCCUGCCAUAAGACAUGAAGGAGUUCGAGGAGGUCAACUGCGAGAUUCGCAGGACCGUGGACCUUCCGCUCUCUGUGUCGAACAGGUUGAGAAAUUUAGAGGCAGAGGAACAGAACCAAUCGGCGAUUUCUCAAGAACAUAAUGACACCAAUGAUUGCUACGGAGGAUUUCUGCACAAUGCGACGUAUGCUUGGUUGAGUUAUGAUUGUCAUUUUGUAGUUUUCAAUGCAAAAACAGGGGAGAGCAUUAGUAGUUGGACAUUUCGCGGAACUGUGACAUCCGUCUCCCAAUUUCCCACGCAAUCUGGAGAUUUGCCGUUGCUGCUGAUUGGAAUAGAUAAUAAUGCAAGCAGACCAAAGGAUUCUUCAGGAUUGUUGUGUAUAUUUGACUGUACUGUGUCCCGUGUCUUAAGAGCAAUUCGUAUGCCAUGUGGGGUGGAGAAGGUGUGUGUUAUAUCAGGUGGCGCGGAAUGGGAAGAGUUCAACGAGAAGAGGCCAGACAAUGUGCUGAACGAGAUGGAUGGUAUAGCUUGUGUAGUUUUACGUGACCUUCAGCACAUCAUGAUCGACCUCCGAAGAUCCACAUGGGACGUGCAUGAUUUAUCUACUGUUAUGGAUGAAACGUCACCGGCAGAAAUGGAUCUGUCAGCGAAACAGGCCCCCGCCAGAGGCCGUCGCUUCAGUCAAGAGAGGCACGCGGCUUACAAUCUGCUAAAUAAUCGCGUAGAAAGAUACAUCGGCUUCAAUAGAGAAGAGUUCGAAUCGUCCCCGUUAUUCGGCGAGAACCUAACCACAGCGAUCGUUAGUUCCACGAAGAUCGGUUGUCUGAUCACCGGCUGUCUGGGUCGGGUGAUCAUUUGGCAGAACGACGGCUCCGUGGGGUGGAUCAGUGCGCCCAUCGACGAGAACAUGGCGGUCACGCAUCUGGCCUUACUGGAGCCCACGGACGAUCCUAGGCCAUUUUGUUACCUGUGGGCGGUGUUGCAGGACGAGUCGUCGUCGAGGGCGCCGUCCGUGCUGCGGAUGUACGCCAUGCUGUUCGAGAGGAAGUACUGCGACCGCGGGAUAAACCUGUACUUCAACCUGGAGGCCGAUCCCAGUCUGAAGUUCGAGUUCGAGUUGAGCGAGAACGAGCGGGUCGUCGGUUUGUGCACCGUCGAGAGGGAGGCCAAUCCGGAGCAGACCGACUCGGGCGUCAAGAAGGGCGAGGAUAAUCUGCUGCUCAUCUCCACCAGCAGUAGGACGCUGCUGUUCGAUCUGAAUCAAUGGUACAAAGAGCAGAUGCCCCGCACGAUCGACGAGUGCCAGAAUCCGAACAGCAUCCUGGCGACUUAUCGCGUCAGGUCGAACCUGUUGCAGGAGAAGUACGGGCCGGUCGUUAAUUUCGCUUACGUGCCGCUGAGUUUGCGGGAGUUCCCGAGCAACGGGCCGAGCUCGCCCGAGGAGCUCUUCUACCCGAACUCCCUGUCGCUCGAGUGGGUGGAGCUGAGCCCGACGCGACUGACGUUCUGGAUGACUCGCGGCGUUCAGGCGGAUUUGCUGCGCGAAAUGGCAAUUGCGGGCCCGGUGAUACUGCUGCAACCGUCGGAAACGUUUCACCGGUGCCUGGCCGCCGGCCUGGUGCCGUUCAACUCGGAAUUCUCCUUCGCCAGCGACUACAACGCGCAACGGGAGAUGCUGCUGUCGCUCUGCCUCGAGCAACGAUGGUCCACCUUCCUGGUGAGGUGCGCUCUGGAUUGGGCGGACGGUAGCGCGGCGUAUCUGUAUCCGAGUUUCCUCAAGUGGGGCGUUCAGAGAGCCUCCACGAUCAAGAUACUCGCCGAUCGGCUCUGCGUCCCGUUGUUCGACCAGUCGGGCAGCGGCAUCGGCGAGGCCGACGUGAGGACCUUGCGCUUCUGCUCCCAGCAGUUGGAAUGCCUGUCCAACGUGGUGGCGAAGUUGCCGUUCGGCACGGCGGACCUGGCGACCCAGCGGAGGACGCUGAAACGCGUCUCCACGUAUUUCCAGGUGCUCCUCUGGUUCUACGACGUGGGCCUGCUGCCCGAGACGCAGGAACUGGAGGAGGAGACCCUGCCCAUCUCCUUAGCGCUGAAAGUGCCUUAUCCGUACGAAAAGCUCUCGACGUCCUACAAGGAGAAACGAGGGCAGAUCGCUCGAACGAGCAAAGGCGGUAGCGACGAGGAGGAGGAGGUGCUGUUCAUCGACGAACUGAUCACGCGCGAGUGCUCCGUGCUGAAGGAACAGUGGGAAAGAGAAGGCGGCCUGGGCGGCUGUUAUCCACCGCCAUCGCUGCAAUCUCUGCUGCGAAGCUACCUGACGGACUGCCAGCACACGGAGCCGCGCGAGGUCAGUUGCAAGCACCAGAUCACGAUCUACUUACUGAUGGACUUGGCGAUGCUGCUGCAGCGGCUGUAUCCCGGCGUGGACCAGCUGAUCAAGUACCCGUCCGCUUUCAAGAUGAGCCCCAGCCUCAUCAAGCUCACCCAGGCGUUCUGGCUGCUGGAUCACGAGGACUACCAAGGCUUCCUCGACAUGAUGACCGGCCAGCUGGUGUCCGACUCGGACGUCAAAGACUGGCAUCACCGGUUCAUAUUGCGCACUCUGGUGCGCAACAAUCAGCACAAGCUGGCCCUGGUCUACCUUCGUGUGAGGAAACCACCUCUGUCGUCCGUGGAGGAGCAGAGCGUCGCCGUGAGCCUGUCGGUGGAGCACGGCCUGGUGCAGUCGGCCUUCCACCGCCGGCCGCCCUGCCACUACGAGCAACUGCUCACCUGCUUCUUCCGCGCGUGCAAGACCUACGGCAGGCUCGACGAGAUCCUGCACCUCGCUCUGGACUCCGAGGAGGAGGAGGUGUUCGUCAAGUUCCUGCAGGAGAACAAGACGGAGGACGUGCGGCUGCUGUACUACCUGCAGCGAUGUCGGUACACGGAAGCGAUCGGUGGCGACCACCUCGCGCGUCGUCAGCCGAGUUUCCUCGAAGACGGCGCCCAGUCGAGUAUGCUCGGCGCGUACAACACGACCCUGCCCGACAUCACGAAGCGCUUCUCCGCGAACGCGGCCGCGAUCAGCCUGGACGUGGAGGCCCCCCGUUACCCUCGGCCCAUGUCGCACUGCAGGAGCCACGACCGGCUGCGCGGCAUACACGAGACGGUGAUUGCGAAGGCGCGGGAGACCUACCUGCGGGGCGAGAAGUGUCAGAUCCCGUUCGUGAGCGCGCCCUGCAUGUCGCUCAGGCUGAAUCACCACGGCGCGAGCGUGAACUGCGUGCUGUUCCCGGCGCGCAAGAGCCGUCGCGCCGGCAAACGCACGGUCGAUCAGAUCUACGAGGAGGGUGCGAACGACCACGACGUCGACUGCGCGAAACGUCGGAAAUUGUCCGACGGGAGCGCCUCGCCGAACAGGUCGACCGGCCCAGCCAAGGAGUCGGAGCUGAGCUUCGCGACGCCUCUGGUGAAGCGCAAGUUCAACGCGAGCAAGGACGUCGUCUGCGAGACGCCGCACUCGAUUCUGAAGAUCAGGCGCCUCAUCAGGAGCUCGGUGUCGCCCGGCGACCUCGCGAGCUCGCUUCAAGAGAAGGAGCUCGUGGACGGGUUCGCCGACAACCAGUCGAAGAAGACCAGCAGGCAGAUACGAUUCAGCGUCAAUCAGCCGAAGGAGAUUUUGCAAUACGAAGACGAGGCGAAGGAGGAACGUGAAGAGGGAGAGAAGGUGGAGACGAAAGUGGGGGAGGAGGAGGACGAGCGGGGAAACGACGGCAAGAGCGUGUUCGCCGGGGCUUCCUCGGCCGACGAGGUCUUCCUCAGCCCGGACGCGAACGAUGAGCUGUGUGGCGAGAGCGCGGUCCUCAGCGGCAACUCCAGCAUCUCCAGCAGGAACUACUGCCUCCCGCGUCCGCGACCCAGCCUCCGAAGAAGUGCCUUACAAUCGUCCGUGGAGAUGCUGCAAGGAUCGAGCGACGCGAGAAGAGCCAGUGGCGCGUCCUUGUCCGCGACGACCUCGUUAGCUGGCAAGCCGUCCGCCACGAAUACCUCCGGAAGACGCAGUUCACUGCAGUCCGCCGGCUACUCUACCACUAUGCUCUCCUCCGACAGCGAUGUCAGCGACUACUCGAUGAGCAAACUGGAGCGCAUCACCCUGCAGUCUCGCUGGAGCUUCUCCGUGGAGAGGGAUCGUAAAAGUGGGUUCACGUCGUCCACUCCGUUGACGAAGAAGAUCGUUUUUCAGAGGCGCGUCAACGACGAGCUGUUCAGAGAGGAAGACGACGGAGAGGGGGAGAAGGAGGAGGGGGAGGUUGAUGAGAAAGAGGGAUCGAAGUCACCUGUGGGAGGUACGCGCGAGGUGGGGGAGGAGCUCGACGUGCCGGGCGAGCCCGAGAGGUUCUCGAAUAUCGAGCAGCCUGUUCACGGCAAGAGCGAACUCAUGGAGGACAGUCCGGAGAGGAACGCGCGAGGCGAGCAGAGCGAAGACAAGUACGACAAUGGGGUCGCGAGGAGGGAGGCUUCGAGUACCGACGGAGAACAGCCUGCGCCGGAGAAGGUCGCGGAACCUAGGCCGACCGCCUCAGACGAGUCCGACGAGGAGCUCUUCCAGUUACAAUACAGCCAAAACGAGGACGAGGAGGAGGACGACGAAGUGUUCAAGAGUCUGUCUAUAGAGGACCAAGUUGCCGUCUCCCGCUUGCCGGACACCCUGGACCCGGAAGAACGCGAUAAGAGAUCGAACGGUUUGAGGGAGUCCGUACGAGUAACGGGCGACGUCGACUUCACCGACGACGAGUCGACGAGCAAGGACGAGAUGAUGGUCUUCGAGUCGGGCGACGCCGACGAGAAGAAGACGCACUCGACCGUGGCCGCUUCGGGGAACGUACUGUACGACAUGUCGAACAUCACGGAUGACGAGUCCGACGGUAACUUUAGGGAGAGCGAGGAGCCGAAGAACAGCGAGCUGCCGGAGCUGUCGAGGCGGCAACGGGAGAAGAGCCAGCCCGAAGAGGGUGGGGUUUCGGGAGACGACGUCUCGGGAAGAGGCUCGGGUGGAACCGUGCCGGGGGCCGAGUCUCGGGAGGAACCGUCGGAAGCCGCGAGUUCCUCGAAGCGGAGUCAGCCGGUGCGAGCGACCAGGUCGCGCAGAGCGAGCUCGAAGGACGCAGAGAGGGUCACGCGUUCGCGGAGAGGGAGCUCGACGGCGCGAGACUUGGUCGGCACGACGACGUCGGACUCCUCGUCGCGAGGUGAGGCGAUUACCGAGAGACCGGCGCAGCGAGCGCGACGAGCGGGCUCGGUGGCGAAGGAUUCGCCGGCGAGCGAGCCUCGGCGGCGCGCGAGUUCCAUCGCGUUGGACACGUUGCUGGAUCCCCGAGAAGCGGAUCCUGCGAAGCCGGUGGCGCGAUUGAGGAGAGCGAACUCGUCGAAGGACAUUUCACUGCCGGCGAGGCCGCGUUCUCGGCGAGCGAGCUCCCUCGCGAAGGAGGCGCCGACGGGCGAGGGGCUCGGAGCAGCGGCUUCGUCGGAAUCGACGGGCUCCUCGGAUGCGGCCAAGAAGGGUCGCGGCAGAUCCGCAGCGAAGGAGGCCCCAUCGGAGCCGAAGGACGAGCCGGCGGUGCGGAGAAGCGCGAGGCUCACGUCUUCCGCGAGGAAAGAGGCGGACGCGCCGUCGAGGACUCGCUGCAGGUUCGAGAGCGACGACGAGGAGGACACGGCCGCGAGGAAGAGGUCCGUGCGCGCGAGGAGGUCUUCGGUGACGGGCGGCUCGCCUACGACGGAACUGGCCGUCAAAGCGAGUCGAGCUCGACGUGGUAGUUCAGCGCCUAAAGAGGUCACCGUGCAGACCGGGAGGAAACGCAGGUCCAGCAGUAUCAUGAGAGAGGUCCUGCCGGAAGAUGCCGAGCUCUUUAUAGAGUCCUCGGAGAGCCCGAGGCGACUCAGGAGCUCCUUCGCCAAGGAGAUGGUCGACAGUCCGGCCGCGAACACACGCAGACGCAGCAUGUCGAUACAGUCGAUACCGGAGGAGCUGGAGGACAUCCUGAGCCAGCCGUCGAGGGAGACGAGGUCCGCGGCUCGAAAAGAGACGGCCAGCGCCAGGGAGAGGAGAGCGGCCAGCGCGGACGUGUCGCACAAGGAGCUGAGGAUAAGGCUCCGGAGGACCGGCAUGAGAAGCAUCGUCGAGGAGCCGGUAGCGGAGGAAGCCGUCGCGGAGGAGCGAAGGGAGCUCCGAGAGGACAGCGAAGUCGGGACCCCCCCGCGCCGAAGGAGAGCGCCGUCGGUCACCGCACUCGUCGACGCGGGGAAGGACGAAGCGCAGCGAGCCAGCACGAGCGAAGAAAGCGGCAACAUGUUCUCUUUCUCGAAGCCCGAGAAGGUGGACGUGCCGUCCGACGAGAAAGAUAUUGGAGAAGUCCCGAAUUAUGUGUUUUCACCACCUCAAACCAGAUCUAAAAAUGUGUUUCCGAAUCAACAUCGUAGAAAAAUAAAGUCAUUCAUACCGAGUCCUUAUCAGAAGGGCGUAGAAAAUCCUGCUGUCCAGAAACCUGACGAUAUUGUCGAACCCAACCGUUACUGUCGCGUAACUGUCAAGACUUAUGGAUCGCGAUUUCGGACAAAAUUCGUUAUACCAAACAAAACCAAAAGUGCAAAAAAAUGAGCGAGAACUUUCCCAAAAAUCCGGAAAUUGAACUUUAUCGUGCUCCUUUGGUUUGUGAAUUUUUCAAUAUUCCUAAAUUCAAUUUAUACGUUCUUUCCCGGCUACGAUAUCUGUCUUCUUGUGAUAUAUGUGAUCGUAUUUUUUAUGUAAAACUGUUUGUAUUAUUAGAAUGGCACUCAUUCGACUAUAUUGUAAUUGACCAUAAACCUCGUUGUUUGCGGUGGUAGAGAGGGCUGUGUGGUCAAUUGCCGCGUGUAAGUAAACAGAAUUUUCUCUACGAUUAAGCAUCAGAAACGCUGGAAGGCCAAUCUGUAGGAAUUAUAGAUAUAGUAUCUUGAAUUCCGUCGGGAAGGGAUUAGAAAAAUUACGGGAAAACUUAGAUAACUGAGAAUUGAUUAUCGUAUACGCAUCGACUGGUCGUGUAUACGAAACUAUCGAUCGUCUCCAGCGUCUUUGUUUUGCAUAAAGAUAUAGUACAAAGCGACUAUGCUUAUAUGAUGAACAAUUGCUAACAAUCAAUGAGGCAUGUUGGACCGGGGAAUUAUCAGAUUAGAGAUUUUAAAGCGGUAAAUUCUAAAAUUUCGUUUCGAGUUCGUCGAUUGCCAGCUAUAUCGUAAAGCGAGAGAUCUGGUACGUAAUGCUGGGGACCAUACAGGAAACGAGAUCCUAUGAAGAAAAAGUGUCGGAUUCACAGUUCUUGAUAAUCGAUAAGAUAUCCGAAGAGAUAACUUUUGGACACAUUGACCGUCCUGUUUUUGCUAUUUUUCUUUUUUGACAAUCCGGUUUCUUUUAACAGAAUCCCUGAUGUAUUAAAUAAAGCAAUUUUUUUUCUUUUUCUAAUUAGGAUAUACAUAUAUAUAUAUAUUAUGUUGAUAAAUUUGAUCAAUUGCAACACAGCGGUACUUAGAAUAUAUGUUAGCGCGAUAUUGAUUAGGAAUAUUUUUCCUUCUUUUUCGAAAGCGAUGUACACAUGUAGUUUCGAAGAUUGUUUUUGUAAUCUAUGUAAACCUGUAAUGAUUGAUUCACAAAAACUGCAUCGUACGUGUUAGCUGGUACGAUUCUAUUUCAUUCGAUCUUAAAUAUGUCGUGCUUAACUCCUACGUCAACACAUGAACGGAUAAUUGUACAGGAAUGACAGCUACAGUUGAAUAUAUCAUGCCAAAAUAUACCAUAAUGAUAAACUAUCAUUAAUAAUGUAUUAUAUCGACCGUUCUUGACGCAUACCCAGGACAUGGACACAUAUACCCUCUCUUUCUCCCACACAUACACGACUAAAAUAACAUUCAUUCCGUUUAUGUAUACAUAUGUCUUUUUUGACAGAAAUUUGCUCUCAAGGCUACAGUCUGUUUUUGUAACGUUAAUACUUUUAGAAUAUGAUUUCGUAGUACAGAACGUUUUCUGCUCUACAUUUUGCAUAUGAUAAUACUUAUAUAUAUAUAUAUAUAUAUUUUUUUUUUUUUUCUUUAAAAGGCAGUGUAUCAUAACUUUGUAAAUAAUUUAUUAACGUGUACUCAUGUAUAGUUGUAUUAAUACAAUAAAUGUAAAGGAAAAGUAAUACACAUGGUAGUAUCUCGAAAAAAAAA